GUAUGCGUGUCGGACCCACAACAUGGGCUUGGCUAAGUUGUGCUAUAGGAGGGGCGCCCCUUUGGAGGGCAAAACGGAGAGUGGUGAUACUCCAUUCAAUAUAGCAACCAAACAGAGAGACUAUAUGAUGAUGGAAUUCCUGUAUACGUAUGGUGUUCGUAUUAACUCUAAGGACGCACUGGGUAAGGCCGCCUUGCAUGUAGCAGCAUCUAGUAACGACGUGGACGCUAUUUGCCGGCUUAUCGAGUGGGGAGCUGAUGUGAAUCUUCGGGAUAAUCGUCAACGGACCCCCCUCCAUUAUGCAGCAGCAGGUGGACAUAUCAAAGGGACCAUGCUGUUACUUGAGCUGGGGGCAGACCUUAACGCUGAGGACCACAAGGAGUAUACGGCAGUGGCCCACGCUGAGGCUAAUGAUCACUUCCUGCUAAUGGACAGACUGGCCUCUUUGGGUGGUCGGGGCCAUAGACUCCAUGAAAUCCGCGGACAAGUACCGGCGCCUCCAAAGAGGAAGUCUACGAGGGAGCAACUGAUGGAGAAUGAGGCCAUGGGAAUCGUCACGAAUCCGAAGCGGAAGAAUAGUAUUAUAUCGCCACUGUAUGACCCUGCGGUCAAGAAGGAGAUCAACAAGUAUGCAGCCCUACAGGCCAGGGACGACUUGGAGGCCAAACAGUUGGCUAAGCUCGCCGCUAAGAAAUUGGUGGGGACUUGGGGGCACUGA